AUGAAACUCCAGCUCAAAAGCUAUACUAUAGCACUACUUAUAGCCCCCGUGCUUACACAACCUACCCCAAACUCUGGAACGAAUUGGACCCAAUGUACCUCUUUGAAGCCGCCAAAUAUCCCUGGAACGACGAUAAUCUCGUUCAAAGCACAAGAGCUACUCAACUAUACAGUGUCCGCCGUUCCACUGCUACUCAAAAACGACAUAUCGGGACUCAAUAUCUGUGACGUAGAUAUUGUGCUUACCCACCAGGGUGCACAAGAUCAAGUUAAGGUCAAGAUAUGGUUACCACUAGAAGGGUGGAAUGGCCGCUUUCUCGGCACAGGUGGGAGUGGGUUUGCUGCCGGUCUGUUUGAGUACAGCCUUGCGCCUGCGGCAGGACUGGGAUACGCUUCAGCAUCUACUGAUGCGGGUCUAUCUGGUGACCCUUAUAGUCCAGAACUUUGGGCACUGACCGCAGAUGGGAAAGUCAACACGGAACUCCUUGUAAAUUUUGCGUCGCGCUCGGUUCACGAUAUGACUGUAGCAGGCAAGCAGAUCUCGACACAAUUCUAUGGUACAAAGCCUCAUCAUUCUUAUUGGAACGGAUGUUCAACUGGGGGUAGGCAAGGGCUUGUCUCGGCACAAAAAUAUCCUGCAGACUUCGAUGGGAUCGUUGCAGGUGCGCCGGCAAUUGACUGGGCACGAUAUGUGGUAGCAGAACAGUGGCCCCAAGUGGUUAUGAAAGAGCACCAGACAUAUGUUGACCCAUGUCUGCUAAAAGCCUUUACACAAAGCGCAAUAUCAGCUUGUGACUCUUUCGACGGGGUUAACGACAAUGUGAUAACGGAGCCGAAAAGAUGCGUUUUCAGCCCAUUCAAGCUCGUGGGAACAAGUGUUGAUUGUAACGGGAAGACAAUCAGCUUCACAAGAAUUAUCGCUACUGUCAUCCACGAUAUUUUACGAGGCCCCUUUCCCAAAGACACGUCAAAUUUAUACGCAUUGAACUUAGGCGCUCCUUUGGAUUAUCUUUCGAAUACCACGGUUCUCGACGGAGUCCGUAAAGGAUCACCAUUCUUCGUCAAUGAUGCUUGGCUGAGGUACUUUGUCCUCAAGGAUCCCAGUUUUGAUACCACAACGAUCGGCUACUCAGAAUUUAAAAAGUUGUUCUCUCAGUCACAAGAUGAGUACGGUGAGAUCAUUGGAUCGAAUAAUCCAGACCUGUCUGGGUUUCAAAAGCAAGGCGGGAAAUUGAUAGUCUGGCAUGGCCUCUCAGAUCAACUGAUCUUCCCCCAGGGGACUGUGAACUAUCACCAUCAAGUUGAAGCAGCCUUGAAGCACCGCGUUGCCAUGGACACAUUUUAUCGAACUUUUCUGGUGCCGGGUGUGGAUCACUGUGGUUUGGGUUUGACCAACGGGGCCGUUCCAGUUGAUCCAUUGUCCUCACUAGUAGCUUGGGUUGAGCAGGAUGUUUCACCCGACAUCCUUGAUGCACUUGCUUCGAAUGCAACAGGCUUUACGCUCACUCGCAGUAUUUGCAGAUAUCCCCUAACCUCUCGCUACAUUGGACAUGGAGACCAAAACUCUGCAGCCAACUAUAUAUGCGUACCGUAA